UUUUUCUGUGCGUUCCAGUACGUAUCGCAGAGAUAAAAUUUAUAUAUUUUCUAUAUUAAAAAAAUGACUCCGUCGGUCGAGAAAAGUAAAAAGAGAAAAAAUAGUAAACGUUACAAGCGGGAAAAAAUUCAGAAAUUAGUUAAAAGGUUAGAGAAACUAAAAAAAUACGCAAAACGGAAAAGUGGACACCGACGCCAUCGCUCUAGUUCGAGCUCAUCGGAAUCAUCACGAUCAUCAAGCUCAACGAGAUCAUCGAGUUCAUCAAGUUCAUCGAACAAUAAAAAGUCAUUAAAACGGAAAUAUUCGUCAAAAAGUGGUGCGCGUUAUCCAAGAGAAACGUCACACAAACAAACGCGAAGCACGUCACGCAGCCCAAGCAAUGUAUCCGCUCGACAAAGCGAUCGUUCUUCAAGAUCCAUAUCCCCUGCAUCUUCGAGUGAUACUCGCUAUCCUAGAGGAGCGAUGCACAAAAAAUCGAAGAGAACCAAAUACAGUGCGCGAAGCUCGAGAAGCUCGUCGCUCGAAACACGCCAUUCUCGGCGUUGUUCGCACAGCAGAAACCCUAGUGUAGAGAGUAAAAAAUCAAAAGAGGGUGAAGUAACGGGGGAAAAAAAUUCAGAUAAUGCAAAAAAUAAAAACAAGGAUGAUAAUAAUAAUUCAAACAAAAAUGAUGUCGAAAAGAAUAAUUCUGGAAAAAUUGACGUCGGUAUCGAAGAUCCCUGGAUUAAUCGACUGGGAGAAAAUAUCUCCAAACAAGAACCUCUCUCUACACCAAUCAACGAUGCAGUGGCUCAAUCGUGGAUCAAAAUAUUAAAAUCUGGCUUACCAAAGGAAGCUCGAAAACAGCUUCUUGAAAAAUAUCCUCCCCCAGAAAAUUGCGAUAUAAUGGGUGCUCCUUCCGUUAAUAAAGAGGUCGAAGGUGCGAUGGGCCCAGCUGCUAAGAAAAAAGAUGAUUUUCGUGUGGCAGAUCAGAAGCAAUUAAGUGCUGGAUUAAGCGCUUUAGGUAAAGCUCUGUCAACAACAAUGGACAAAGAGAAUAUGUCAAAAGAAAUCAUGUUCGACUAUUUAUGCGAUGCGGGAAAAAUUCUCGCAGAUCUACAAUAUAACCUCUCUAUGACAAGAAGGGCUUUUAUCAUCCCUGCUCUCGACCCACUUAUGAAAACAGUCUCUGAAGAGGCUGCUGUAGAUACUUUUCUUUUCGGGCAAUCUUUUUCUGAGAGCAUAAAAACAGCAAGAGAAGUUCACAAAGCAGUGAAAGAUUUAGAGAAAAAUUCUUCGAACAGCAGUGGAAAAAGAACGUAUGGAUCUUACAACAAAGACAAUUCAAGACAAUCUCAAUCAAGUCGAAUUCAUUUAAACUCGAAGGGCCCUCUCAAGUACAGCACGUCGAGCAAGAAGGGGGGGGCAAAAGCCUCAACAUCAGCAGUAUCCGUCAUAUCAGCCGAAUCAGAACAAGAAAAAAUUCAUCAAGAAAUAAAGGAAUACACACCCGCUCUCAACGAAACUUUCCCUGGUGGCGUCGAGAUUAUCAGGAAAGGUUUCAACGCUAGAGGAGCCACGGAAGAUGCAGCCUCAAUAAUGCUCGAGUCCCUAUCCGAUAAGACCAAGAAGCAGUAUAAUAAGGGCGUAAAACUCUGGUGGGAAUUUUGUCAAAAACACCAAACUCCAGUUUUUAACAGUUCGACACACAACAUCUUACUUUUCUUCUCGGAAGUGCUGAAGGUGACAUCGUCUUACAGCACCUUAAACGUUUAUAGAGCGGCGAUAUCGAUUUUAAUGGGCAACGAACUCAGUGAAAGCGCGGAUCUAUCAAGGUUCUUCAAAGGAGUGUCUCGACUAAGACCUCAGAAGCCUAAAUAUUCCACAACUUGGGAUCCAGAGCCAGUGUUGAAAUAUUUAGAAACUUUAGACGUAAAUGAGAACCUAUCAUUAGAAAAAAUAACAAAAAAGCUAGCAAUACUACUAGCAUUAACAACAGCGCAGCGAAUCCAAUCAAUAUCAAAAAUCAGGCUAGAGGAUAUAAGCACCACAUCGGAAUUGAUGCAGAUUAAGAUUUCAGAAAGAAUAAAAACAACAGCAAACAAUAGAGAUCAACCAGUUCUUCACAUCCCGUUCUUUAAAGAGAAACCCAAAAUAUGUACAGCCUCAGCGUUACAAACAUAUGUGGAAAGAACAUCAACGCUACGAGAAAGUGGAAGAAAUUCCACACACCUAUUUUUGACAUACAAUAAGCCACAUCACGAAGCGACAUCACAAUCUAUAAGCCGUUGGAUCAAGGAAAUGAUGGAGGAAGGCGGUAUUGAUACCAAUGAAUUUAAGGGAUAUAGUAGGCGGCACGCCUCUACGUCUGCAGCAGCCCGCAGAGGCACAAGUAUAGAGGUCAUCAGAAAGACAGCAGGAUGGACUGAAAAAUCUAGUGUCUUUGCACGAUUUUACAAUCGUCCAGUCAUUCAAGAGAACAACUUUGCAGCAAAUAUCAUUCAAGGAAAUGGCUAAAAAUAAAAUUUUUUUCUUUCUUUUCUUCAACUUAUAUUUAAAAUAACGUAAAAGAAUAUUUACUAAUUUCAUUAUUAAUUAAGCAAAAUAUAAAAAUAAUUGUUCAGUUUUCACUAGUUAAAAAUAAAAAUAAAAUAAAAAAAAAAAAAAUCGCAACAAACUUUAAACAACUACAUAAUAUGAUAUA